UAGCACCCGCGGAAGACUUUUCUCUUUGGUCCAGCCCUGCAGACCCCGGGAAGCUGUGCUGUCUGAAUCAGCUUGGCCAGUGUUGGACUGUUACCAUUUGGGAGGAACAGAUUAGCUUGAAUAUGAAAUUUAUCCUCUUCAGUAUACAAAGAGAAAAACAAAGAAAAUGAAAGCACGAGUCAAUUAGAAUUACUUGAAUAUGCAGCAAUUAAGACCCAGAGAAAUUAAGUAACUUGCUCACAGUAUCAUAGCUAACAAGUUGCAGAAUCAGGAACAAGAUCUUCUCAAUAUAAAGUUUCUGCACUUCCCAUAAUACCACUUUAUUGCUACUGUGCCAAGUAUUUUCUUACCUCCUUUGUCUUUGAAUAAAUAGAAGACCCGACUGGGCUGGAAAGGCUGCAUUUAUAUCCAAAGUAGUCUAGAGGUUCCUCUACAUGGGAAAAAAAGGAGCAAAAGGGUAAUAUUUCUGCAACCCCUUUGCACCAGCCAUAAACGCAAGGAACUCCUAGAAGGCUGAGCCGCGAGGAGGAGGGCGGAGAGUUUGAGGGAACGCCUAGACCAGAGAGUUGACGCCUUUCCUAGAAAAUCACCGGAAAUGAUAAUUGGCGGACUAGGAAGUGGAGCUUCUGUAUAUUUCUGUUUCUCAUUUCUUGGGGAGAGUACCGGCGGGAAGCAUCCAUUCAUAUAUUCAUUCAGUCAGCUAAUUUUUAAUCCAGCACAUACUAUUGCAAGCGCUGUUUUAGGCGUUGAGAAUACAACUGUGAACAAGACGACAAAAAUUCCUGCCCUCAUGGAGCCUAAGAGCCUAGAUUUUAGCGAAGGUAGAACCACCGUAAACAAUGUAUAUAUUAAUAAGUAACUUAUGCACCAUACUGGAAAAUUAUAAAGUGCUAUAGAGGAAAAGAAGAAUUCAUGUAAAGCAAGGGAGACAAGAUGUGAGAUCACAGCGGUUUAGUGUUGCUAAUGAACCCCAAAUCCAGGGCAGUGUUUGACACAUUAAGCCAAACAGUAGCAGCACUGUGGGUCAAGAAGGGCCCUUUGGCUGGCACCACCAAAACAUGUGUUCUCCAAAGGAGGCUGGCAUCAACUGGAGCCACUUCACAGCUUGUUUGAGAACUGGAUCUGACCAGUAGGAAGAAACCAGGACAGCAGUGGAAGACUGUUAAAGAAACCUGAGUAAAAAGAUGCAGGAGGUAAGAAGAGGAGGGUCUGUGAUACAUCACAAGGAGGAAGAAGGAGAAGUGAGUCCAAGAAAGAAGGAAAGCAGUGUUGUGCUGUUGGAUGAGAGUUCAGGACCACCAAGCCAGCUGCUUUGGACCUGCCAGGAUACCCAGCUCCCUCAGGAAAGCGCUCUAUUACCUGCUCCAUAUCCUGCCUUCACUAAAGAUGGAAGCCAAGGAAACCUGCCGCAAGCAGAUAUCACACUAAUGAGCCAGGCCCAAGAUAGCAGGAGCAUAUUAUUUCAGGAGUCAGUGACAUUUGAGGAUGUAGCUGUGAACUUCACUAACAGGGAGUGGCAGUGUCUGACCUACGCUCAAAGGCAUCUCUAUAAGGAUGUGAUGUUGGAAAAUUAUGGGAACAUGGUAUCACUUGGAUUUCCAUUUCCUAAACCUCCUUUAAUCUCUCAUCUGGAGCGAGAAGUAGACCCCUGUGUGCAGGAUCCACAGGACAGGGAGUCCCUAAGCUGCUCCUACCCAGUGUCAGCUGACAAGAUGUGGCCUGAGAAUGAAAAGGCAAGUUCACAACAAGAGAUUUUUGAAAAUGGAGAAGCCUACUGGAUGAAAUUUAACAGUCUCCUAAAAGUUGAUUCCCGGGAUCCUAAGGUUAGAGAAGUUUGUGUUCAGGAUGUCAAAUUAGAGAAUCAAUGGGAAACAUCUAUAAGGGAGAAACUGAGAGAAGAGAAAGAAGGCUCUGAGGAAGGGACCUGCAAAAAAGGAAAGAACCAGAAAGUGCUUAGUAAAAACUUGAAUCCAAACUCAAAACAUAGUCAAUGUAAUAAAGUUCUUAUAGCACAGAAACUCCAUGAAUGUGCCAGGUGUGGCAAAAACUUCAGUUGGCACUCAGAUCUAAUUCUCCAUGAGCGAAUUCAUUCUGGUGAGAAACCCCAUGUGUGUAAUGAGUGUGGGAAAGCAUUCAAGACCAGAAAUCAGCUUUCUAUGCACCAGAUAAUCCACACAGGGGAGAAACCUUUUAACUGCACCCAGUGUGGGAAGGCUUUCAACAGUAGAUCAGCUCUUUGCCGACAUAAAAAAACCCACAGUGGGGAGAAGCCUCACGAGUGCAGGGACUGUGGGAAGGCCUUCAAGACCAGGAACCGUCUCUGUAUGCAUCAGCUGAUCCACACCGGGGAGAAGCCUUACGAAUGUAACUGCUGUGGGAAGGCCUUCCAGUUUAAGCAUUCCCUUACCAUCCAUGGCAGAAUUCACACUGGGGAGAAGCCAUAUGAAUGUGAGGAGUGCGGGAAGGCCUUCAGUGGGAGUUCAGACCUCACCAAACACAUAAGAAUCCACACUGGGGAACGACCUUAUGAGUGCAGCAAGUGUGGAAGGGCCUUCAGUCGGAGCUCAGACCUAAGCAAACACAAACGAAUCCAUACUCGGGAGAAACACUAUGGGUGUCCCCAGUGUGGAAAAGACUUCAGCAUCAAGGCAGAACUCACCAAACACAGAAGGAUCCACACUGAAGAGAAACGUUACAGGUGUGAGGAGUGUGGGAAAGCCUUUCGUCAUAACUGUAAGCGCAGGGCUCAUGAACGAGAGCACACAGGGGAGAAGCCCUAUCAAUGCAGGGAUUGUGGGAAAACCUUCCAAGAUCAGCACUGCCUUACCAUCCAUCAGAGAAUCCACACUGGAGAGAAACCUUACAAAUGUUUAGAGUGUGGGAAAGCUUUCAGUGGGAAGUCGAACUUGACCAAUCAUCGAAGAAUUCACACUGGAGAGAAGCCUCACAAAUGUGAGGUAUGUGGAAUGGCCUUCCAUCAUAGUUCAGUCCUGAGGCAGCACAAAAGAAUCCACACUGGUGAGAAGCCAUACACCUGCAGUGAGUGUGGCACGUCCUUCCGUCAGGGCUCAGCUCUGAUUGGACAUAAGCGAGUUCAUACUGGGGAGAAACCUUAUGAAUGUGAGGAAUGUGGAAAAGCUUUUAGAGUGAGCUCAAAUCUUACUGGACAUAAGAAAAGAAAACAUCAAGUAUGGAGAACCCAUGAACUUGAUGGGAGUAGGAAAUCCCUCUCUCCAGUGACUGUUUCUCAGACCUCAGUAGUCAGUAUUUUGACCAGUGCCUGAGUAUAACGAUUCUGGUGUUACUUUCUGUUUUUCCUACCUCUUAGGCUGGUCCUUCUGUCUCUUAUAUUAGUUAUUCCUGAUUUCCUGACCCUUAAUUGUGAGAUUCCCCAAAGACAUUGUCCUUUACCUUCUUAUUCAGUAUUUUUUCAGUGAGCACAUUUACUUCCAAGAGUUUAUCAAUCACUUCCUAAUACUAAUAAACACUUACUAGUG